AUGGACUUUCUCCAGCGCCUCGCGCAAAUACUCGACCGCCCGCUCUUCCCAUGGAAGAAGCUCAUCCUCGGCUUCUCCGUCGGCCAGUACAUCUUCGAAUCGCUCCUCACCCUUCGCCAGUACCGCGUCUUGCAGGCCACCAAGCCCCCCGCCGUCCUCGCCAAAGAAAUCCCCCAAGACACCUUUGACAAGUCGCAGGCCUACGGCCGCGCCAAGGCCCAGUUCAGCCUUGUCAACGGCCUCUGGUCCCAGAUCUCAAAUGUUGCUUUCAUCCAAUACGACGUCCUCCCCAAGCUCUGGUCCCUGACGGGCGACUGGCUGCUGCGCUUCGCGCCCGCCCGCUUUACCGGCGAGAUUAGCCACUCCAUCGUCUUCGUCCUCACCUUUGUCCUCGUCCAGCAGGUCCUCGGCCUGCCCGCCAAGCUCUACAGCACGUUUGUCCUCGAAGAAAAGUUUGGCUUCAACAAGCAGACCCCCGCCCUUUUCGUUACAGACAUGGUCAAGUCCAACCUCAUCCUCGCCGUCAUCGUCCCCCCCAUCCUCGCUGGCUUCCUCAAGAUUAUCCAAAAGACGGGCACCGGCUUCAUCUUUUACCUCUGGGCCUUUGCCGCCGGCAUUCAGCUCUUCGCCAUCACCGCCUACCCCAUCUUCAUUCAGCCGCUCUUCAACAAGCUCUCCCCGCUCGAGGAUGGUGAGCUCAAGACAAAAGUCAACGCCCUCGCCGACAAGUUCAAGUUUCCCCUCUCGGAGCUGUACGUCAUCGACGGCAGCAAGCGCAGUGCCCACUCCAACGCAUUCUUCUACGGACUUCCCUGGAAGAAGCACAUUGUCAUCUACGAUACUCUGCUCGAGAAGAGCGACACAGACGAGGUCCUCGCCAUUCUUGCUCACGAGCUCGGUCACUGGAAGCUUGGCCACACCACCCGUCUCUUUGGCAUCUCCCAGGUUAACCUGCUCUACAUUUUCAGCCUCUUCUCCGUCUUUAUCAACAACAAGUCUCUCUACUCCUCUUUCGGUUUCCACAACGUCCACCCCAUCGUCAUUGGCUUCAUUCUCUUUUCCGAUGCACUUUCCCCCAUGGAUACCCUCCUCCAGCUCGCCCUCAACAUGCUCUCGCGCAAGCAUGAGUUCGAGGCCGAUGACUUUGCCCUGGGCCUCGGUUUCAAGUCGGAGCUAUCCACCGCCCUCAUCAAGCUCCACAAGCAGAACCUCAGCACCAUGGACGCCGACUGGAUGUACGCCAGCUACCACUUCUCCCACCCCCAUUUGUCGGAGCGUCUCAAGGCCCUCGACUGGGAGAGCGACCGCAAGGUUGUCCUCGAGGAGAAGGACGAGGUUGUCAAGGCCUCUGGUCGCGAAGAGCUGUAA